CUGAAUCCGCCCCCGGGACACCCUCUUCCUUUCCCCUACCCUCUCACUCACACUUCACCACGGUGCUGUUGCGUUCACUCUCUUUGAGCAUUCGCUCGUUUCAUUCAUUGUCUACAUAGACGUCACCCUCGUUCCAUUCACAGCAAUAGCCCUGGUCGGCCUCGAUUCACUCUGACUCCUGCGCUCGAAGCUGCAAUCGCAUUCCCUGUUCAUAUCCAACACGAAAAGUCACUCAACAUUCAUACCAACUAGCAUUAUGUCUCCAUCCGUCAAACUUGGUCUCUUGACCCUCGUUUCCACGGCCGCUGCCAUUCCCCACUAUGGUCACAGCAAGUUCCACCACAAACCGUCCGGUGGAUAUGGAACUGGCGCUCCCGGAACUGGCGCGCCCUACCCCACUGGUGGCUGGGGAGGUAACGCGAAUAGCACUGCGCUUCCUCUUGCAACUGGUACCGGUGCUCCCGGCUCCAAGACAACUACUAUCCUCGAGACUUUGUAUUCAACCAUGACUGAAUACUCUACCAUCUACGCAACCCACCCCAAGUCGGGCGGCGGUGAGGCUCCUAGCUCUGUUGGUGCCGCCGAUGUGAGCACGGGAGCGGCUGUUUGCGGACCUGCUACAGUUUAUGUCACAGCGACAAACAAGGUCACGGUUACCAUCGGAGGUGGUGCUCCCUCUUCAGCAUACACCCCCCCUUCAAGCAUCGCUGAGCCCGCCUCAAGCGUUCCAGCAUCGUCUGCUCCAGUAUAUGUGCCAUUGUCGUCUGUUGUCGCACCAUCAUCCUCCGCUCCUGUGGUGAGCUUCAGCUUCCCCGAAAAGCCCGCAUCAACUCCUCCAGCCAUUAGCUCCGUUGCCCCUGUGAGCUCUGCCGCUCCCAUCAGCUCUGCUCCUGUCCCCACCACGACUGUGUACUCCGCACCGGUCUCAAGUGCCCCAGCCUCGUCCUCUGCUCCAAAGCCAUCAUCUGCUCCCACCUACUCUGGCUCUAAGCGUGGUCUCGCUUACAAUGAGCCCGCUCUCUGCAGUGCUUUCGGAGGUAGCAAGUUCGGCUUUGCGUACAACUGGGCGUCUACUCAAUAUGGUGGUUCUCUGCCAGAGGGUAUCAAAUUCGUCCCGAUGAUGCACAAGCCUGCCGAUGCUACCCCCGAGAAGUGGCUUCAGGAUGUUGACACCGCUGUCAAGGCUGGUACCAAUGUCGUCAUGGGUUUCAACGAGCCCGAUCAUCCGGCUCAGGCCAACCUUACUCUUACACAGGCUUGCUCCAACUGGACCAACUACAUGGAGCCCAUUGUAAGCGCUCAUCCCGAGGUUACCAUCCUCGGUCCUUCCGUCACCAACGGCCCCGCUCCAAUGGGUCUGGACUGGCUCAGCCGCUUCAAGACUGCCUGCCCUGGCGCCACCUGGCAUGCAGCCAAUAUCCAUUUCUACGACCAGUACGAUGACAAGGUUGUUGACCGCUUCAUCUCCCACUGCGAGGAGGCAUCCAAGAGCUUUGGCAAGCCCAUCUGGGUUACCGAGUUCGGUCUCAACCCUGGUACUGCCUCAUCCGCACAGGCUGCCGAUUUCCUCAAGAAGGUCAUGGCAUAUAUGGAUAAUGCCGACGCUGUCAAGGGAUAUGCCUACUUCAUGGUCGGCACUGGCGAGAACCAGCUCAACUCCGGUAAUGGCCUUUCAGCCACCGGCGAGGUCUACGCCAGCGCGUAAAUUUCCCAAUCAUGAGCAGGAUAAGCUGUGGACGUUUGCAUUUGUUGGCGCUUUGAAGAAGAUUUUUUAUAUACUUUUGGGCCUAGGGAAAUAUCAGGCAGGAUCGGAUACAUCAGGUCAACCUAUAGGGAUCUGUGCUAGACGCCUAUGACGCGUGCAUAUUGUUUUUUGUAUAACUUCGAUUCUUUACCUGUGUAGAAGUAUUUGGAUGAUGGAUUGUUGUGCAUGAGGAGGUGUGAGUGGGAUGAAUGAAGUGUUUGUCGUUGAUGACAAUCAAAAGUUAUGACUUUCA